CUGCAUUGCACGGAACGGGUGACGGUUGACGAUGCCCGCAGUAGCAAAGGGGACAGAGUGAAAGGGUAAACAGCGAGGGAGCUGCGAGAAGAUUCAACAUUUCCGGGAUAAUAUUGGACCGUUUUGACACAUUCUUUCCAGGAAUCAGAUGUAACUAGGCAAGAAGAUGAGUAUCAGGAUAUUUAUGAUUGCGGCAUUUCUGGCCAAACUAGGAGAUGCAUUGAUUGUGACGCCGACCACCCCAUACACAAAGUUUGAAGGGGAGAGCGGGUUUUUCUACAAAUGUGAGAACCCAGAUUUAAACGGACCCCAGCCAGCAUGGGACGAUUCCGAGGGAGACCCUAUUUACACCAUAAGUGGAGGUGGCAGCAACAGGGUCUAUAUCACCGAGACGACAAGCUCGACAAGCUGCGCCACCCCUGGAACGCUCUGUCGGUUCACUCGUCUCCACUUUCGAGACGUUCAGAUAGCUGACAGUGGUCUGUAUGCAUGCAAGGCCAAUGGGCAUCAAACGCAGACAAGAAACGUAUACCUCUAUAAAAUCAUCACAUUUCCUUUAUAUGAUGGCAACGAAGAGGCCCAGUCGCUCAUCUACAACACGACCGCAACAAUCUAUUGCUCGGCAAGACCUCUGGAUAACGGGCUAGACAUGUUUUGGCAAAAAGAUGCAACUUCUGUCGGAGAUACAGAAAAAUAUAACGGUAAUACGUUCGGGCAGCUUACCGUCAAAAACGUUGAAGUUUCAGACGAGGGAGAAUAUUCCUGUGUGGCUUAUUACCAAGACACCCCCUUGAGUAUCAAUAAAAACAUUGAUGUUACAGUACAAGUCCCACCUGCGUGGAACGGUGUACCCCCCAGGCCCCGGAACGUUGUUAUAAACUCUGACGUGACCCUGGUGUGUGCGGCCUCGGGGCGACCCGACCCCACGGUCACUUGGACGGACGUAACCGGUGGCGACCGGCAGGAAAUCACAGACUUCCCCAAUGUGUAUGAACUGUCGUCGACUGGAAACAGGCAGCUGAGGAUCAUGAAUAUUCAGCUCCCUGUCAGCGGGAACAUCAUCAUCAUAGAAUGCAGGGCUUCUAACGACCCUUCCGGAGCCAGAGUCAGUACGGCAAUCACGCACACCAUACAACUCACGGUGCUUGUGCCACCCAGCCUUACGCAACAACAGGUCUAUACAGUGGACGAGACUGCUGAAGGUGGCAAUACGAGAUCGUUCGAGUGCGCCAACACAGACUUCCGUUCGCAGGCUCGCCUUUCGUUCAGGCGUGAUGGGCGGACCGCAAUGGAUGAGCUUGAGAUAGGUCCUCAGCCGGAUGAUUCCCGCGUCGUUGUGACGGAGAACAGCCAAACGAUGGCCCUCACACUGACCAUUUCCACCAUUCAGAGGGAGCAUGAAGGAAUCUGGACCUGUUAUGCCGAGAGCCUUGCCGGGGACGUCUGGGUGGAUCACAUGCUUCUUGUGGAAUAUAAGCCCAUUAUCGAUCAGUCGAGGACCCCAUCUAGCACCGUAUCGUGGGAAGGGAGAUUGACCGACCUGACCUGCAUUUUCUUUGGCUACCCCAUCCCGACCGUCAAAUGGACACGGAACAACGUAGAGCUCACAGCCUUAGAUGUUGAUUUUGUCCCGGAUUUACCGCCAGGCUCCUCCACAAUUCAGAUCAUGCCGGAGAAUGAGGACUUUGGAGCCUACUUCUGCAAUGGGUCAAAUACCAAGGGAUUUGUGAACUACCGCCAGGAGCUCACUAAAGCAGAGCGACCAUCUGAGCCUAUAGGUCUGAGAGUCACGGACGAGACGUCGUCAACGAUCAGUAUCCAGUUCAGUCCGCCGAACAGCGAUGGCUCGCUUCUGAUCGCAGGGUAUACGAUCGAGUAUCGCGUUUUCACCGAUGUUCAGCCGACUGUUCUCCAGUAUGAAAAUACUGUAUCGGACGACACGACUUGCCGCAGAUUGAUUCUACCUAUAUUAACCGGUGUGGAGCAGGAGUGCAUCAACUACUGCGAAGAUUCUCAGUUGUUCAUCUGCUGUCCGGUUGUGGAUCGUAACAUCUGUCUCGAGCGUCCGGUGGACCAAGGCUAUACGGAGUUGCAUUUAAGAGGGCUACGCGCAGAGAGCAUCUACGAGAUUCGUGUAGCCGCUAGAAAUGAGCUGGGGACUGGAGAUUACACACAGAUAGUCACAACAAGCACCGAACCACUCUCUUUGCCGGAUCCUCCCAACAUCAUCUCCAAACGUGUAUCAGACAGGAGAGACCGCUACACGCUUCGUUGGAUACAUCCUUAUGAUGACGGAGGGGCGACGGUCAUCAAUUACCAUGUGGAAUAUUCACAGGUUGAGAGCAGAGAUGAUUACGAACUGACACCGAGGCCAGUUAGUGUCCUGGUGAUAGGCAAUUCAACGGCACUAGAAAUCAAUCCUCUCAACCAGGGCAAGUUCUAUUUGAUAGAGCUGAGGGCCGAGACCAACCUGGGCUACAGUGACCCCGCCCAGAUCUUGAUUGAGACGGCCGGGACGUUCACUUUCAUGACAACCCCUCCAACACGGCCAAAGAACUACGGUUUCUGGGGUCUCUUCAACGAGAACACCACCGUCAUCAUCAUCGUCCUUAUCAUCGUCCUCAUCGUUGCUUUCGUCAUCAUCACCGACGUCUGCUGCUUUUGUAUCAACGACUGUGGCUUGCUCAUGUUCAUCUGCGUGACAUGCUGCGGAAAAACACCGCCCUCUACGAGACAAGAAAUAGAGCUUGGGGAGCAGGACUAUGGACCGGAUAGCAUGAAAGAUUGGGACAGUUUAGACGAUGAAAAGCAUCGUUUUGAAGUUCGCUGACAGUCCAGAUGAAGACCUAACGAUAUGUGAACGGGCCAAGAAAUACACAUUCUUCACCACAUAAUCGGAAUUCCAUAAUUUGAUCGGAUGUUAUUUUCCCAUUUCUAAAAACGGGCCAUGUCGUAAGUAAACAAGAAAGCCUUAUUGUGGAUUUGUUUGUAAGUAAAAACAACAGAAAACCAAUGCUUAGUAUUUAGUUUUGCUGAGUUUUGCUUUUAGGUCUAGUGACAAAAUAUAGAGAUAUAUAGUAAUUAAAAAAGUCAUACUUCUACAUUUAAUGGCAAGUUAACACCAGGGGUUUCUUAUUCCCUUUUUAGUCCUUUGAAGCCAUUUUUACUCUUUGUAUGAUCUCUAUAACUGUAAGGUUUGGUGAUGACAUGUAGAGAAAAAAAAGAGAGAACCCUUAACGCUUGUUCGAACAUGGUGUGUUAAACCGUCGCACAGAAUACGCACUAGUUGGCCAUGUUGGCAUACGCAACAAAGAACUUGCAUGUUUUCAUUGAUCUCUGUGUUAUAAAACACAGAAAUGUGAAACAUAUGCCAUUUUACGGAAUCAUUUAAAAAGAAACUGACACGAUUUUGCUGCGUUAUAGUGAACAGCCCUUUGAUGCCCAGAAUUAGAGCAAUCUUGCUCGUACAUUUGAUGGUCGGUGAAUAUCCGAGAUUUUCUCGCCCCCUUUUCAGUACUAUCAUUCAAAAUGUAUUCUUUGUACGAUUGUAAUAGUUUGUACUCUUUAUAGUUAUAUGCUUACGCAGAGUUUGCUUAAUUGUAUGUGUUUGUAAUGGAUGAGGAAUAUUGAAAUAAUCAUCUAGAAAUUUUUCUGUUCUGGUGAUUUGGAAACGUUGGUGAUGUGUGUUUGUAGUGGAGGUGAAUUUGUACAAAUUACAUCUUGUAAGAGUGUAGGAAGGUUAUUGUUUCAGUAGGAAGACUUUAAUUGUUCCAUGCCAAACAAAGUGAGAGAGAGAGAGAGAGAGAGGGAGAGAGGGAGGGAGAGAAAAAGAGAGAGAUAGAA